CUCCGCCAUGCCUAACUCCCAGUUCACACAACGACCGACAAUCCUACGGGCGUAUUCAAGUCAAAUGCACCAGUACACAAUGAGUCAAUUAAUGGUUCUAUCUGGUCCCUCUACUAUGAUCUUGGCGCCUACCGAGAUUUCGGCCCCAGACUCCGAUUCUUCUACUCAGAACCCCUAAAAUAAAGUCUGGUAUUACUAUCGCAUCCUGCAUACGCCAGAGUCUGAGGAAUGAGAGACUAGGAAUUAGGAUGAUGGCGAGUUUCUUGAACGGAUUACAUGUGGUAUCGAGAUGAGCAUAGCUGAAUUGGGUCAUGUAACCGCAUUUAUCAAUCUCGUGAACGGCUUGAAGCCGAACGAUACC